GGUUCUGGUUCGAAAGUUCCGAAACCCGUUGCAUUCGAGGUUGUCUAUUUUGAGCUUCGGCCAGUAGAAAUUUGGCUCGACCCUAUAAAUUGCGAAACGUUCUCCACUUCUGCACAGUUCGACCAGUUUCAUUGCUUAGUGCACAUCAUCUACUCCAUUCCCGACAAAAAUGGCUUUCAAGUUCGUAACCUUCCUCGCCCUGGUGGCCGUUGCCCAAGCCGGAGUCAUCUCCAGCCCAGCUCUGUCCUACGCUGCUGCCCCAGCCCUGACCUAUGCUGCUCCUCUCGCCAAGACUGUCUCCUAUGCCGCUCCUUUGGCCACCAAGACCCUCGUUGCUGCUCCUCUUGACAAGACCGUUGUCGCCGAUGAGUACGACCCCAACCCACAGUACUCUUACAGCUACGGAAUCUCCGAUGCCGUGACCGGAGACCAGAAGGAACAGCACGAAUCCCGCAACGGAGAUGCCGUCCAGGGAUCUUACUCGCUGGUUGAUGCCGAUGGCUUCAAGCGCACCGUUGAAUACACCGCCGACCCAAUCCACGGAUUCAACGCCGUCGUCCACCGUGAGCCUCUGGCCGUCAAGACUGUUGCCCCAGUUGCCAAGGUUGUUGCCGCUCCAGUCGCUUAUGCUGCCCCAGUUGCCAAGACCAUCUCCUACGCCGCCCCAGCUGUGACCAAGACCCUGGUCUCUCAGCCAGCUUAUGCCAGCUAUGCCGCUCCUCUGGCCACCAAGACCAUCGUUUCGCAGCCAGCCUACACCAGCUACUCCUCCCCAGCUCUGUACCACUAAACAUCUCGGAACUGUUAUCGACUGUAGACUGUUGACCACAUUAAUGACUGACUAAAUUAUUUAAUAAACACAAAAAUUAUUUGGAAAAAA